AUGCAAGCCCUGGAGCAGGUGCAGGAGGGCCAGCUGCAGGGGGUCGAAGACAUUUGCGCGUUGUCCACGGUCUCAGAGCCCGCCCUGUUGCACGCGGUGCGCCUGCGCUUCGCCAGGCAAGACAUCUACACCCGGGUGGCGCGGAUUCUGAUCUCGGUGAACCCCUUCUGCCCGCUGCCCAUCUACCGCUCGGAGUGCCUGGACCGGUUCAAACAGGCCAAGGACUCCGCGGAGUUGGCGCCCCACAUCUUCGGCACCGGCCACGACGCCUUGCGGGGCCUGGCACAGGGCACCAAGGACCAGGCCAUCGUCAUCAGCGGGGAGUCAGGCGCCGGGAAGACAGAAUCCGCCAAGUUCCUUUUGACCUACGUGGCGGAGUGCGUGAAAGGCCACGACGCUGAUGGGGCUCAUGGAGCGCAUGUGGAGGAGCGGGUGGUGCAGACCAACCCGGUGCUGGAGUCCUUCGGCAAUGCCAUGACCACCAGGAACGCCAACUCCAGCCGCUUCGGGAAGUGGUUGGACCUGCGAUUCUCCCAGGCGCUCGCCAUGCGGGGGUGUCGCAUCACCAGCUACUUGCUGGAGCUGACCCGUGUUUGUGGGCAGUGUGAAGGCGAGCGCGGCUUCCACAUCUUCUUCCAGCUGACCCAGGCCCGCGACGAGCCGGGCCUGAAAGCGUUGAACCUGCAAGCGCCGGAAGCCUACCGCUACUUGAAGAACAGCGUUCUCCGUGCCCCUGGCAUUGAUGACAAGCAGAACUUCUCGGACCUCCGGCGUGCGCUGCAUGUGCUGGGCUUUUCCGAGGAGGAACAGAUGCAGGCCUUCCAGAUCCUGGCGGGAAUUCUGAGCUUGGGAAACUGCGAGUUUGGGGAGGCCGAGGACGGCGAGGAGCUGGGCCUGGUGGGCGCCGAGGCGGCCGCGCGGGCGCUACGGGUGGCGCCGGAGCGGCUGGCGCAGGGCCUGAGGCGCCGGAAGGUGGUCACCGGACGGGACUGCAUUGAGACGCCGCUGCGUUUGGAUCAGGCCCGAGCUGCGCGGGACGGGCUCGGCCGCGUGCUCUAUGGAUUGUUCGACUGGCUGAUCCAGCGCAUGAAUGAUGGCCUGGAAAUGACCAACGGCCAGAAGCCAGGGGUGCUGGACAUCAGCGGCUUUGAGAGUUUCGGGACCAACUCCCUGGAGCAGCUGCUGAUCAAUCUCAGCAACGAGGAGCUCCAGCAGCAGUUUAACGAGGCCGUCUUCAAGUCCGAGAUUGAGGAUUGCCUGAAGGAGGGGAUUGACCUCGGCGAGAUCCGGUACGAGGACAACUCGGACGUGGUGGCGCUCUUGGACGGCAAAGGCGGUGUGCUGGACAUCCUGGACGAGGAGCUGGCCAUGCCCAAGGCAACCGACCUGAGCUUCACCAACAAGGUGCUGAAGUCGCAGGGCAAGCACCGAAGGCUGGUGACCCCGAAGUUCUACGGCAGCGCCACCUUCGGCAUCCAUCACUACGCGGCCACGGUGACCUACACCUGCGACGGCUUCUUGGAGAAGAACGCCGACCGCCUGCCCUUGGACACCGUGGCAGAUUUGUUGCUGAGCUCCGAGCUGCCGCUGCUGCAAGAGAUGGGGCGCCGCCUGGAGGGCGGAUCGCCCCUGGCCAAGGGCUCCAAGCUGCGCUCGGCCACCUUCCGCUUCCGCGCCUCCCUGAGGGAGCUUAUGACCAAGAUCCAGGCCUCGGAGACCCACUACGUGCGCUGCAUCAAGCCCAACGCCAGCAGCGUGCCCGAGGAGAGUUCACGGCGCCCAUGGUGCACGAGCAGCUGCGCUACAGCGGGGUGCUGGAGGCGGUACGGAUCCGGAAGCAGGGCUUCAGCUGCCGGCUGCGCUUCGAGGAUUUCCUGCUGCGAUUCCGCUGCCUGCCGCUGCUGCGGCCCCCGCCGGCGCGGCCCACCCUGGCGGCCGCGGAGGCGGCGGCGGCGGACGCGGCGACGUUGGCGCAACGGCUGA